AUGGAGUCGGAUUGGACGUUUCUGCCUGGAGAAGUGGCCUCCAAUCACACCACACCAGGUGUCUCCCACCACAUGCCUUCGGCUAUGAAGAAGCUCCCGGACCCACCUCCCAUGGAACAAUUCUCCGACGAACAAUUUUUGCUCCAUCAGAUCGACGAGUCCCACCUACAGACAGAAUUUGAUUUGGACGGAAUCGACUUCAUUGUGCCUGAGGACUUAGGCGCAAAUUCCAAGGCAUUUCCCCCGUCAGCAUUUCCUGAGAACACCCCGGCUUUGAUGCCCAAGUCCAACCAACUCCCGCUUCAGCUGCCCAUUCUCCCGAGCCAAAAUGAACGUUCCUAUAACGAGGAGCAUUUCAUUCAGCGCCAGAGACGCUCCAAGACAGACCAACUGCUUCCGGCAACUCAACGCCUGCUGCACCGCCACUCUCUGCAACUGCAUCAGCAGCAUGUACGCCCUGAUGCUGUUUUCACGCCGUUGGUGCUGCCCGCCGUCACCCCUAUGGACCUGGAGGUCAACUCCAACAAGCAGCCCUACAAUGCCGUUCAAACGUCGUUUGAGCCGCUCACGUCACCGGCUCUAGCUGCUCAGCAAGCAUCCAUGGGCGCAGACCGUCGCCGGUCGCUGUCAGCAACCUUCGGUGCUGACGAUUAUUCGUCGAGUCUGGCCAAGCGCAGAACUCCACAUCUGACACCCAAUCUAGCUGCACAUCCGGGUCUGAAAAUGAAGCGAUCACCAUCUUUAAGGAAGGUUCCGCAACUGUUCGAGGCGUUGCCAGACUCUUCUUUUGAGGGCAAUACCAAAAGCUCAGAGACGACACCAAUGUUGCCACCCCAAAGCAAGAGAAUCGUCAUCGAUGGCCAGAUCAACGAUUCCAACACUCCCAACAUGCCGCCUGCUACAAUGAUGGGCUUCACCAUGAACAGGUUGGCCGAGCUGCAAAGCAACCGGUCGUCAAGCCCGUCUCCGUCGCUCACUCCCAAUUCCUCCAAAUUGCCUCGCAAAUUGCGAAGAGAUUCGAGUUCGUCGGUGAAGUCGGCCGGAAACACAUUUAAAGGCGGCGAUAGCUCGCUGUCUGAGACUUCGCCCGUCAUUGAGGCACAAAAUGGUGACUACGGGGGAAGAAGAGAAAAACCCACCACCAAAAAGGCUUCUCACAAGUUGGCUGAACAAGGACGACGGAACCGAAUGAACCAGGCGGUCUACGAGCUCUCUAAAUUAAUUCCCAACGAUUAUCACGAGCAGGUAUCUAUUCCGUCCAAGGCUACCACCGUGGAAUUGGCUGCUACCUACAUUCGGAGACUUUUGGAUGAGAUAGACGAGCUUAGGAAAGGUAGAAGAUAA